AUGCGAUCAUUCAAAACCGUCCUGCCAUCGCUGUCUGCGACGCGGGCGAGAUUGCGUUUACAGUCGGGUUCGGAAAGCUGGCAGGCCACCCAAGUUGGCAAACAAACGACAGAGUGCUGCCACCACGAUAUCGGAAAAUCAAGCAGAACAAACCAAAACGGAAUUACUCCCGUGCACCCCCAGUCCGAGCGUGGCUUCAUUCAGUAG